AUGCCUGGUCCACCGCAUCCAACACAAAUCGAGCCUCUCAAGAGAUUGACCAAGAUCGUCAAUGCGUUCUUGUCGAGAGACGAUAUCGGACCCUUUCGAGAGCCGGUGGAUUGGCGAGGGUUGGGCUUGGAUGAUUACCCCAAGAUUGUCAAGAAGAUGAUGGAUCUGGGGACCGUCAAGCGCAAGCUGGAGCGCAACCAGUAUUUCUCCGCGACCGAAUGUGCCAACGACAUUCGUCUCAUCUGGUCUAAUUGCAUGGCCUACAAUGCCGAUCAAAGUGAUUUCUGGCUGCUGGCCAAGUCCUUUCAGAGACGCUUUGAGGAUCGGUAUCGUAAGAUCCGACAAGAAAUGGACUGUGGAGCAGACUUGAAGGAUGGUGAUGAGUCCGUUCCCGAUGCUCCUCCAUCCUCCACAUCGAAAUCUGGGUCCAGUGCCAAAGAUCGGUCAGCACCCGCCGCCGUGCCUAGCAGCCCCGAUAAGCCAGUUCCCUUGGAUGCUCGUGCCCGCUUUGGAGCUAAUUUGUUUCUUCUCUCGGGUGUCGAACUGGCCCAUGUCAUUAUGAAAUUGGAACAGGAAUGCCCUCAUGUGUUGGAGCACCUUAGUGAUGAAGUCGUGACAGAUGAAACCACGCCAGGGGCAGAGCCAGCCUUUGCUCCCAAGCUGGAAAUCAAUGUGGAUGCUAUUGAUGCUCAAUUGUUCACGGAACUCUCCAACUUUGUGGAAGAAAGAGUAGGAUCCAAGGGAUUCACCGAACCGGAAGAAGCACCACCUCGGUCCAAGAAGAAAAGGAGAUAA